AUGGCAGCUACAAUUUCCAAUCAGCUAUUUGGAGCAUUUCUUAUGUUCCUUGUGUUGCAACCUUUUGUGGCUAAGUCUAGACCCGUAAAAUUUGACCAUGGGCAUAAUAAUGUGAAGCAAUCCCCUGGUUGUGGUAUAACACAUGGCAAAAGUGAUGGCGUGUUUCACUUGGUUGAAAACUAUUCCUUUUUCAAUGGGGAUCCUAAAUGGGAAAACUUCCCGGUGACCUAUGGUUUCCGAUCUGGUUUUUCCCUGCCGGCGGGUUUGGAUAGUCAAGAGGUGGAAGAUGCCAUCGAUGCGGCGGUCCUAGAAUGGCAAACUGCCGUUCCUAAAUUUGCAUUUCAAAAGGUAGAACCAGGCGACGGAGCUGAUAUUAAUAUUGCGUUUGCUGAACUUAGCGGCACAAAAUAUGGUUUUGCCUAUGCACCACCUAAUGGAUCGCUUUUCCUUGACAUAGACACCAACUGGAGCACAAGUUCUAAUCCUGGAACGCUCCAACUAGACCUGCAAUCUGGAGCCAUGCAUGAAAUAGGACAUACCCUGGGCCUUGGAUCAUAG